AUGGAGGCUCUGCUGGCGCACUCGUUUGACUAUCUCUCCUCGUACGAGCCCAGCAAGAUCCGAAAGGGCCUGCGUCAGGUCGAGGGUCUUCUCGCACAAAUAUGUCUAUCCAAACCAAAACCCGUGUCUGACCGGCGGAAAUCACGUCUGGCCGAUACACCCCAGCCUGUGCCCAAAGCACUCUCCGAUCUACGCGAUGACCCAGCCUUUCGCGAAUUUUCAAAACUACAAGAAAGCUUCCAAUGGAACAUCGCCAUGCGCCUCGUCUCUUGUCUCGAACACCUCCUCGGCCGAGGCAGCAACGGCACAAACGACAUGCUCAUCGUCUGCACACUAGACCUGAUCCAAGGCUCGCUCCUCCUCCACCCAGGCUCGCGCUCCCUCUUCGCCCGCGAGAUUUACAUGAACCUCCUCCUCGACCUCCUCGACCCAAUCAACUGCCCAGCUGUGCAAUCCGCAACCCUCCUCACCCUCGUCACCGCCCUCCUAGACUGUCCCGCCAACACCCGCACCUUCGAGGACCUCGACGGUCUGUUAACCGUGACUUCGCUUUUCAAGCAGCGUGCUACUUCCCGUGAAGUCAAGCUCAAACUCGUCGAGUUCCUCUACUUCUACCUCAUGCCCGAGACACCUACCCACGCUCCUAUCUCACCUCCGCCUGGGCUGCAGCGCAGCCCGAGUAAAUUGUCCAAUGCGCCUUUCUCGCGCAGUGCGCAUAGUGCUGCGCAUGCGGCUGCUAAGAUGAAUCGGGAUACCCGCACUACCGACGAGAAGCAGGCUCUUCUGGGGAGGUAUUUAAAUAACGUUGAGGAUUUGGUGGAGGAUUUGAAGGAGACGGCGCCAUUUGGUGCGACCGUCUAUUGA